GCUGCCGCCAGAAUUUGUCAUUAGUAUUUUUAAUUUUUGUUCAUAGCACCACCUAUUUUACAUGUGCAUCGCCCUUUAAGUAAUUUCUCUUUGUUACUUAAGAAAGAUUUACAGCGCAUGCCUAGCGCGGGUCAAUGUCAAUAAAAGGCCUACAAACACAUUUUUAGUACGCACGAGAAAAUAGUUCCAUACAUUCAAGCAUAAGAAAUAAGUUAUUAUCAUUAAUUAUGUACUGAAAUGUAAAGUAAUGUUCAUUGAAAUGCGAAUAACAUUAGUAAAUUCUGUCAAAACUAAAUCGUUGGUUGUUUUAAGUAAAAUUCCAGUUGGACAAAUUAUUUGAUAUCCGUGUGCCGAUAAGUUCGGUGAACGCGUUGACCCUUGGCUUUUCUGAAUUACGACCUGGCCCAAGCAAUACGUGUUUUGUGGGGUCUUCAAGAAACGCCAAAGUUUCAAGGUAUAUUUUGCUGCCCAAGGAUGGAAAAGUCCUGCCAACGAGUUUUCACGGCACUGUUCAUCACUGUUACUUUGUUUUGACAAUCGUUAAGUCAAAUAAAGACAUUCGUCACCAGAAAAUGAACAUCCGUUUCAACGUUGAGUUAUUUUGAUCCUGCGGCAGCAACAGUGAAAACUCGGAUGGACAUGACACCUGAGAAAUCCAUAAUUGGAUCAACUACUCAAGCCAAAUAUUUGAUGUGAUGUCUGGAACUGCAUUCGUCCUCACCUGGCCACUAAGGAAGCUGACGAGGAACUCGGCAAGACACGGGCAAUCAAACGGCUUGGAGGUUGAUCAUCGCUCAAGGAUGUCAGGUUCAUUUUCAUCAAAAUAAUUGAAGAUUGAAAUCAAAGAAAGAACACUAGAACAUUUAUAUGCGAUUGAAAUUUCUCGUUUGGAAACUUAAGCAAUAAACAAGCUAAAGAUUGAUUUAGGCUUGCAUAUCAACUUCUCGAGAGAAUUUCAGAUUUAAAACCUUUAAGAUCUCUAACAGAGUCUUGGUUCGUAUCCCAGAAUUGUAACAGCUAUUUAUUCUGAUUUGUUUGGAUAACGUAAUUUAAAACAACAUAAGAUUUGAUUCCCUUAUGAUGUUUGGGAUUUAAAUUUUCAGCUAAGAUUAUAAUUUUCUUAAAAUACUUAUCUAACGAGUGGAGAUAAGUUUACAGAAUUUGUUAUGUGUAUGUAACAUCUCAUCAAGAAUAACCUUGUGUGUGCACUUAUAGAUGAUUUUGAGACAAAAUAACAUGAUCAAGUUCAUUUGAAAGGAUAUUUUUUUAUUAAGAUUGAAAAAAUUUCUAAACUAAAAAGAAACUGAUUACCGAUAGUGUUUUCCUUUAAGAACAAGGGAACAAAAGGUCAUAAUAAUUUGAAAUUGAUUAGAAAUCGGGUUACCUUGUUGAUAUUGGAAUUGAUUUGGAUUCAUGAUAAUAUCAUUAAUUCUAUGCUACGUUUGAUAUUUUUAUUAUUUCAAAGCUUGAAUGUAUCGAAUUGUAUGUCCUGCGUAGCGCUGUGUUUUUAUCGUGCCCGAAUUGAGAUUUGGGUUAAAGCAGUUAUCUUUGCUAUUUGUUAUCAGCUACUGCCAUUUGCUGUUACCAGCCCACUCCCACACGCCCAUUUCUAUUUCACUUCCAAACUUUGAUUCAAAUUCAAACUUCAAAUUUCGGUCAAGAUUAUUUAAAUUUGAUCUCAAACACUGAUUUUCUCGUUGGUUUAUUUACCUCAAAAAUAUAUCGUUCAAUAUGGAAGGGCAACAACCAACUGAAAAUAACUUGACUACUGACUCGACUAACUUACCUCCUGAAACACUUCGCCGCUCCACUCGUCCUGUCAAAUUGACAGAGAAAGCAUUGCAGAAUAAAGAAGACGACCUUCAAGGUAAGUUUUUUGUUGAACAUAUAGAUUUGCAUUCGAUCAUACAAUCUACUCGAAAUAGCUUAUUGUCUCAAAACAUUGAUGGUGAUAGCUUAGCAGUGAAUAAGCUUGACAUUACUGCUAGGCUCAAUUCUUUGAAGGAGAUAUUUGUUGAGCUAAAAAGGCUCAAUGAAGACUCCAUUGAUGAUGAGGUUAUUGAGGCAAUGGAUGAAUCUUCUAUUUCUGUUCGUAAUAUCUUAUCGGAUAUUGAUAAGGUAUCCAACAUGUCUUCUUCUAGACAACCAUCAAUUCGGUUGGCGCACUCAACACAAUCACGACUCUCGAGGACAUCUUCCAGAUCGUCACGACGAGUUGCAGUCGCAGCAGAAGCCGCUGCAUUACAAGAAGAGCUUACAGCCCAGAAGCUUCAAAAUGAACGGGAAAAGGAGCUCGAAAGAAUGGAACUUGAGGAAGAAAUGAGGAGGAAGCAAGUAGUUUUCAAAAUGUCCGAGCUGAAAAGACAACUAGAAGAGGAAAGACUACAAGGCAAGCUCAAGGCACAAGAAGCAAUUAUGAGAGUCUACGAUGAAGAAGAUGGAACCAGCACAGUCUCUUCUUCAUCCUCGCGUGGAGGUAAAACUGUUGUCAAAAAGAUCGAAGAUCAGCCAAAUCCAACUGAUGUGAUCCCAAGGGCAUCUCCCAAGUUAGAAAGCAAAUUGAUUGAUGAACCAGCCUCCAUCGUGUCACAGCAAGCGCAAGUAGUGCUUGAUCCCCAAGCUCCGAUGUUCCAGCCAAGAUCACCAGUUUUAGAUCUCGCUGAUGCCUUGGCUCAGAGUCGUCUACCCGUUCCGGAGCCGCCAAUAUUCACUGGAGACCCACUCCAAUAUCCAGAUUGGGUGUCGGCUUUCACUACUCUGGUAGAGCGAAGAGGCAUCCCUCCUGGUGAAAAAAUUCACUACCUUCGAAGGUAUCUUGGUGGUCCAGCAAAGGAGGCAGUCAGUGGCUACUUUCUCCUGAGGUCAGAAAAUGCAUUUGAGCAAGCAAAGAGCACCCUUCAAAAGAGGUUUGGCAAUCCAUUUGCUAUUGCUGAAGCCUUUCGGACAAAGUUGGAUGUGUGGCCCAAGAUAACCAGCAAGGAUCACAAUGGGCUGCAGCGGUUUGCAGACUUCCUUCAACAGUGUCUGGUAGCCAAGGCUGAGAUUGUCGAUCUCAACAUUCUGGAUGAUAUACGAGAGAUCAACCGAAUGGUUGCUCGACUACCAGAUCAUAUCGUCCAUAGAUGGAAUCGCUCGGUGGCACAGACAAAAAGGGAGCGACUUUGUUAUCCUAGGUUUGCUGACUUCGUUUCUUUCAUUGGGAACGAAGCAGACAUUGCUAAUGAUCCUCUGCUCACUGUGGAUGUUGGCAAGACUAGAGAGAGAAAACAGGAAACCGCAGUCUCAAAACGGGUAACCCUCUCUACGUCUGGCUCAACUUCACAGAAGCAAUGUCUGUUGUGCAAGAGACAACAUCAUUCCCUGAAUGACUGUCGGGAAUUCCUUCGGAAAGACAUGUCCCAGAGAAAGGAUUUCAUCAAAAAUGAAAGACUUUGCUAUGGCUGUCUUGAAAAAGGCCAUAUGUCUAAAUAUUGCCAAAGCAGACUGGUCUGCAAGAAGUGCAGUAAAAGGCAUCCAAGCUGCCUUCAUGAGGACCAAAGAGAUUCGAACAAGGCCAACUUGGCAUCAAGCCAACCGAAGGAAGCUCAAACCGCAUCGACCUCAAAUCCUCAAGCUGUAACGCACAAAGUACAAGGCGAUGAACGUAGUGACCUUACAUCAAUGAUUGUGCCUGUGUACCUUUCUAGUACAGAGAGGCCUGACAAGGAGGUUCUAGUGUAUGCACUACUAGACUCCAUGUCAAACACCACCUUCCUUUCCGAAGAUGUCGGCCAAGACCUGGAUGUACAAUCCCAGCCUGCCACAUUGUCGUUGACAACUUUGACAGAUGAGAUAUCGAUCUCAACCUUCAAGUAUGACAAUCUUCGUGUCAGAGGUUUUUAUUCCUCGGAGAAAAUUCGUCUACCCUCCACAUUUACUAGGCAGUCUAUCCCUCUGGACGACAGUCAUAUCCCGACUCCAGAAACUGCCUCCAAGUGGCCUCAUCUCGUGUGUGUGCAGGAUAUGAUAGCGCCAAAACAAGACUGUCCUGUCGGUCUUCUGAUUGGCUACAAUUGUGCACAGGCCCUUGCUCCUCUGACGUCAGUCCGAGGCCAAAAUGGUGAGCCGUAUGCUGUCCAAACAGACCUUGGUUGGAGUAUUGUUGGAGGUCAGUCUGACUUGUCCAACAGCUUCGAUUCGUUUGGCCACACAUACAGGACAGUCAGCAUGAAGGUAGAGGCCCCGAUCGAUAUCAAGAAGGUGACAUUCGCUUACCAGUCUCCCUUAAAGGAAGCGACUGCAUCGGAUUUCCUUCAGCUCAUGGAAAGGGACUUCCAAGAAGCUGAACAAGCUGAUGCAAUGUCACAAAAUGACAAAAAAUUCAUUCAAGUUGUCACCGAAGGUUUACGCCAGAGAGAGGAUGGGUUCUAUGAGAUGCCUCUUCCAUUCAAGAAAGGACCGCCAUCUCUUCCGAACAAUCGACAGGCUGCUUUGGGUCGAUUAGCAGGUCUCAAGAAACAGUUCCUGAAGAAACCUGAAUAUCACAGUCACUACAAGGUAUUCAUGAAGGAGAUCUUGGCACGCGGUGAUGCAGAGAUGGUCGGUGAUAGUAGUGACAAAGGCUUGUGGUAUAUUCCUCACCAUGGGGUAUAUCACCCUAAGAAGCCUGGCAAGGUCAGGGUUGUAUUCGAUUGUAGCGCCAGGUAUCUUGGGACAAGCCUCAAUGACCAUCUCCUGCAAGGCCCUGACUUGAUUAAUCCUCUCAUCGGUGUCCUGUUGAGAUUUCGCCAAGGUCCUGUGGCAUUCAUGUGCGAUGUGGAGAAGAUGUACCACCAGUUUAAGGUUGCAGAUCCACAUCAAAACUAUCUGCGUUUCUUGUGGUGGGAGGAUGGGGAUCUCUCCAAGACCCCAGUAGAUCAUAGGAUGAAGGUCCACCUCUUUGGGGCAACCUCAUCUCCGGGCUGUGCCAACUUUGGCUUAAAACAGAUUGCGGAGGACCACAAGAAACUCGGUGACCGUGCAGCCAACUUCCUCAAGAGGAACUUUUAUGUCGAUGAUGGCCUAAAAAGCAUGUCUUCUGAACAGGAAGCAGCUGUGCUAAUCAAGGACGCAACUCAAAUGUGUGCUAAAGGCAAUCUACGUCUGCACAAAUUUGUGUGCAAUAGCAAGGACGUAACCAGCACCAUUCCAAAAUCGGAACGUGCCACUGUCACGAAUGCAAGUGUUCAGCUAGGUGAACAAACCUCACCAAUCGAAAGAGCUCUUGGGCUUCAGUGGUGCGUCAGUUCUGAUGAGUUCUGCUUCCGACUUACUCUGAAGGAUCAACCCCUCACUCGACGAGGUAUUCUAGCUUCAGUUGCGUCUGUAUAUGAUCCCCUUGGUCUCAUUGCACCAGUUGUCCUUGCUGGCAGAAUGAUUCUGCAGGAAAUGUGCAAACAAAAGAUGGAUUGGGAUCAUCCCGUUCCUGACUAUCUUCGGACAAGAUGGGAAAUAUGGAGACAGGAGAUCCUGAAGCUAGAAACUGCAAAGAUUCCUCGCUGCUUCCAGCCCAAAGAUUUCGGAGAGGCUGAGGAAGUGGAAUUGCACCACUUCUCAGAUGCCUCAUUAUCUGGAUAUGGACAAUGUUCAUAUGUCAGAUUACGAAAUCAAAGGGGACAAGUCCACUGCUCUCUUGCCAUGGCAAAGGCGAGAGUAGCACCGCUCAAGCAGUCUACCGUCCCCAGACUGGAGCUUCAGGCAGCAACCUUAUCUGCCAAGGUUGCAAAAAUACUGAAUAAGGAGCUAGACUACAGCUCAGUCAAGAAUAUCUUCUGGACCGACUCCAAGGUUGUUCUGGGUUACCUGUACAACCAGUCUAAGCGCUUCCACAUGUUCGUUGCGAACAGAGUGGAUUGUAUUCUGAGAACCACAAGUUGUAGUCAGUGGAAUUAUGUUACUAGCGGUGAUAAUCCAGCUGACUACGCAUCACGUGGACUGACAACAGAGGAACUUCUUUCGUCAAACUGGUUAGGAGGACCAGACUUCCUUUGGGAAAGUGAAGUUGCUAAGCAAGAUGUCACACUAGAGGUUUCUCCUGACGACGUUGAAGUGAAGUCUUCGACAGUACAUACAGUAAUGUCAAAGACCAAGAUUUCAACCUUUACGUCAUUUGAAGAUAGGUUGAACCGCUUCGCCAUGUUGGACAGCGCUAUUAGAGCGGUAGCUGUACUAGUGAGGUGUUGUUACAGGCGCAAGGGACAUGACAUAGAUGAUGUUGAGAUCAAAAGAGUCGCUGAGAGAAAUCUCCUGCAUGCUGUCCAGAAAGAAGCCAUUUGUCGGACAGAUUGGAGAGUUGCGAGAGUCAUGGAAACAAUGUCCAGUGAUGAUGGUCUAGUCCGGAAGGUGCGACUUCUCAUGGCGACCCCAGACUUGGACAAAAAAGGUAAGCCAGUAAAUAAGAGGACAACUCUUGAAAGGCCAGUACACAAACUGGUAGUUUUGAUCCGCAGCACCGACAAGGCGAUUGAAGACUAAGCUUGACUUUAAUAGCUGACAUUCACUUUUACCCAGACAAAUGGCUUUGACUAACCUGGACUUUCAUCCUGCCCUGACAUUCUAAGAAAUAUUUUCUCAAUUUGGGGAAGACCAUUUGUAUUUAUAAAUUUUGCAAGUCGGUCAAUUCCUUGUUUUGUUUCAAAUAGAUAGUUUUGUUGUUUGAAAAAUCAGUUAGAUGAUUUGGGUGGGAGUGUGGCUGCCGCCAGAAUUUGUCAUUAGUAUUUUUAAUUUUUGUUCAUAGCACCACCUAUUUUACAUGUGCAUCGCCCUUUAAGUAAUUUCUCUUUGUUACUUAAGAAAGAUUUACAGCGCAUGCCUAGCGCGGGUCAAUGUCAAUAAAAGGCCUACAAACACAUUUUUAGUACGCACGAGAAAAUAGUUCCAUACAUUCAAGCAUAAGAAAUAAGUUAUUAUCAUUAAUUAUGUACUGAAAUGUAAAGUAAUGUUCAUUGAAAUGCGAAUAACAUUAGUAAAUUCUGUCAAAACUAAAUCGUUGGUUGUUUUAAGUAAAAUUCCAGUUGGACAAAUUAUUUGAUAUCCGUGUGCCGAUAAGUUCGGUGAACGCGUUGACCCUUGGCUUUUCUGAAUUACGACCUGGCCCAAGCAAUACGUGUUUUGUGGGGUCUUCAAGAAACGCCAAAGUUUCAAGGUAUAUUUUGCUGCCCAAGGAUGGAAAAGUCCUGCCAACGAGUUUUCACGGCACUGUUCAUCACUGUUACUUUGUUUUGACAAUCGUUAAGUCAAAUAAAGACAUUCGUCACCAGAAAAUGAA